UUAUUUUCAUGCAAAUGAAUAUUUUUCAUUCUUGUUGUGUAUCAGAAUUAUUUUCACUAGAACGGCAUUGCCUGUUUUACAUUAAGCUUGGUGAAAUAUAUGAAAAUUUUGUAGCCCAUUGCAACUGUAACACUAUUGUGUUAGAAUUAUUUUCAUGCAAAUGAAUAUUUUUCAUUCUUGUUGGGUAUCAGAAUUAUUUUCACUAGAACGGCAUUGCCUGUUUUACAUUAAGCUUGGUGAAAUAUAUGAAAAUUUUGUAGCCCAUUGCAACUAUAACACUAUUGUGUUAGAGUUAUUUUCAUGCAAAUGAAUAUUUUUCAUUCUUGUUGUGUAUCAGAAUUAUUUUCACUAGAACGGCAUUGCCUGUUUUACAUCAAGCUUGGUGAAAUAUAUGAAAUUUUUUUAGCCCAUUGCAACUAUAACACUAACCUUAUUUGGUUAACGUUGAUUUCUGUUUUUGUUUGGUUCAUAGGGUUUAGUAGUAAAGAUUUUGACGGUCUAGACAAACUCCUUCUUCUUGUUCAAAAAGCGGAUGAAAUGUCUAAUUGUGGUGGUGAUAACAGCAACUUAGGUUCUUCUUCUUCUCCUCCUCCUGUCCCUCAACAAGAUGUAGGAGGCAAGAACAAGAGAAAAUUAGUUGAUCCUUCUCCAGGGAAUCCAAUCAGCUUGCCUUCAUUUCCGACUGAAUUUCCUCGGUGUGGCUCAUACUUGGACAAAUCUCAGAACCCACAAAGUGACCUUGGGCAUUCGGUGGUGGGGUCAUCUCAGCCUAACAUUGCAGCAGAAGCUGAUGAGCCUACUGACUGGAGUGACCCUCUGGCAUUCCAUCUUGAAGAACUAUUAUUGUUUAAUAUACGAACAAUUUUCCAGAAUGCAAUUAAGCAGCUCUGUCUAAGUGGUUUUAGUGAGCACGUUGCUCAAAGGGCAAUUACAAGGCUGGGCUUGUACCAGGGGGGAAGAGACAUUGUGGCAAACAUAGUGACGGAUGCUCUUGCCUUAUUGACGAGUGGGAAGGACAUUGACAGUACAAAGGAUAUUGUGUUUGAGAAUUUGCAACAGAUGGUGGAGUACACAAUGCUAGAACUGGUUAAUGUGGUUAGGCAAGUUAAGCCAUCAUUGUCCACUGGGGAAGCAAUGUGGCGGUUAUUAAUAUGUGAUAUGAACAUUUCACAGGCAUGCGCUGCGGAAGGAGAUCUACUCGGUGAAUGUGGUUGUAAAGCAAUCCCAGGAGCAAGCUCUUCUAAUUCUAGCCUUCCCAAAUCAAGGUCUAAGGCACAAUGCUCUGAACCCAUUCCUUCAAGUAACCCAAGUUCACGGACAUCCCAAACAUCUCCUUCUGAAGGAAAAUCAAAGAAGGCACGCAAGUCGCGCAGCAAGAAAGAACUUGCAGCUCGGAACAAAACCUUAAAUCCAGACAAGGUUCCAGGGAAUAAGGGUAAAUCAGGAAAGGCUGCUAGUUCUGGUCGUUUGAUUAUGGAAAAUAGAAUGAAGUCUUCAUCUGAAUCACAUGGUCUGCAGACAAAAGGUUCUGCUUCGAAUACGAAAGACAAAGUGGAAGCCCCUGUGAGAGAAGGAAGUUCUCAUGUCCCUAACAAAAGUCCAUCUGCUGUAUCUGCAUCAGAUGAUCCUUCAAAAGUCCAUAAGGAGGGGACAACAUCUGCAGCAAAUACUGAACUCACAGUUUCAGGAAAGAAGCCUCUAUUGAAGCCAGAGGCUAACACUGCAGUGUUUCCAAAAAUAUCUGAUUACUAUUCUAGAAUUCCGUAUGAUGAGUCUCUGGGAAAGUAUAUUCCACAAGAUGAGAAAGAUGAAUUGAUUCUUAAAUUGGUUCCUCAGGUGCAGGAACUACAGAAUGAACUACAGAGUUGGACUGACUGGGCUAAUCAGAAAGUUAGGCAGGCUACUCAUAGGCUUAGCAAAGACAAGCCCGAGCUUAAAGCACUAAGACUGGAGAAAGAAGAGAAGAAAACCUUGGAGGAGAAUACCCUGAGAAGGAUAUCAGAAAUGGAGUUAGCCUUGGUUAAUGCUGCUGGCCAGGUUGAAGCAGCUAACUCUACCAUUUGCAAGCUUGAGGAGGAGCAGUCUCUGCUACAUGAUGAGUUUGAUACUGUAAAAUUGCAGGCUGUAGAGGCAGAUGUGAAUUGUGAGGAAGCCUUGGAGAGAGAGAAGAAGGCCCUAAAGGAUGCUCAAUCAUGGAAGGGGCAGAAAAGCUUAUUGCAAGAGGAGCUACAGACUCACAAACAAAGGGUGACUGAACUGCAACGAAAGAUAGGUGAGGCGGAAAAGAUCAAGAACCAUUUUGAGGCAAGAUGGGAACAGGAGCGAAUGCUGAAUGAAAAAUUGCUUGCGGAGGCGGCAUCUAUAAGAAAUGAACGAGAACAACUUGAAGCUGCAGCAAAAGCAGGGGAGGAUAUAAUCAGACAAAAAGCAGAAGAAGAUUUGAAGAAAUAUAUGGAAAACAUUAGCAAACUCGAGAAAGAAAUAUCCAAACUGAGAUUGACGUCGGAUGCUUCAAAAAUAGCUGCUCUUAGAAGGAGCGUUGAUGGAAAUUAUGGUGGGACAUCCAUCCAGAGUAUGAAGGGAAGUCAAGACUCUAAUGUCUUAAGAAAGGCGGAUUUCCAGGAAACUUGUGGAAGUGGAGGUCUGAAACGGGAUAGGGAAUGUGUGAUGUGCUUAUCUGAAGAGAAGUGUGUGGUUUUCCUUCCCUGUGCACAUCAGGUCCUCUGUACAAAAUGCAAUGAGAUCCAUGGGAAACAGGGGAUGAAGGACUGCCCUUCUUGCAGGACUCCUAUCCAGCGACGGAUUGCAGCCCGCUUUGCUCGUCCAUGAGGGAAAUUUAUACCUUUAUGUUGGAAUAAAACAUGGGUAGAGGAAGUGAUGUUUAGAAUGGAUCAUAGAGGGGAAGUUGUGUUGAACUUCACUCAGAACAUGCUCUUUUUCAUUUAUUUGCUUUUAGGUUAUAAUGAAUAGUUAAAACUCGAUGGAUGUUUAUACAUUUAGGUAUAGGGAAGAAUUUUUCAUAAAUAAUAAACUGUUGUGAUUUACA